AAAACAUUUAACCUGGAUUAGUGAAUCGAGGAGGAUCACCAUUCAGUAUCGCUGUCAGAAAUAAUUAUCGUAGGUUUUAAUGCUUGUCUAGCGAGUAACAGGAUUCAGAAAAAAAAAACAAAUUUAAAGAAAAAGUAGGAAGAUCAAGUAGAAUCGGACCUAGUCCACCAAACGUUCCAUCAUGGCGGUAAGACUAUCGCUGUCGUCUGCUCCUGAGAUGCAGACGAUAGGAAAUUCCAUCGAUCUUGUGAAUAAAAAGAAAUUUGUGUCGCCGAAGACUCUUCUGCGCAGACAGCGAAAGCGGUCAUUGUCUUCUUCGUCUUCUUCGUCGUCGUCUUCAUCUUCUUCUUCGUCAUCAUCCUCUUCCAGCGAAUCAGAGAGUUCUGUGGACGCUGGGAUGGCCAAUGACGAAGUGGACAGUUCCAAUUCCUGUGAGUUGUGUUAUCUCCAGGAAGUUUUGGUUACCAUGGUAACCUUUGCUGCUUCACGGAAACAGCGUGAUGGAUACUACCAUGUGGUCAGCAGUGUCGGAGAGGGCGUUUCUGAAAUUAGGAAAUAUGAUCGAAUAAUUCGAGUCGAUGGAAAUGAUGUUAAAGACUCAGACUUCAAUGCUUUUAAAUGUGCCCUAAAUUCAGAGGUGGAAAGUCUGAAAAAAUCUUCGAAAAAGCGAUUAAAACUGACAUUGUGGCGUUGGAAUACAUCAUCGAAAAUAUCAGAAAUCACAGUGCAAUUGAACUUAAAAGGCGAGAGAAGUUGCGAGUUUAACGAGGGCGAAUUGUUGUAUACUCGAAAACAUGAACCUCUCCAGCGGACGGGACCCGGCUUCCAGAGCUGUAUAAAAAUCGAAGGAGAAAACCCGGGAACAUAUGUUCGAUUUCAGCCGGAAACAAAAACCCUGACAGGCAUGGGAAUAAAAAAAGAGGAAUUACAGUUCUAUUUAUUUAAUUUCACGUUUUACAAGUGUAUAAUCUAUAUCGAUAAACGUCCUGUGGUGCGGUACAUCUGCACAAUAACCUGCCGCGCAGACGAUAAAGUCUAUGACGUAGUGGCGGAUCUCGACAACAGAGAAAUAAUGAUUCAGAUUCAACAGCCAAUAUCACCCGAAGAUCCAGACAAUCGUUUCUUUAUUUUCUAUGAACUUGAUGAUGAAAACAACGUAUACGAACUUUUCUUAUACGCAAAUCAGUGUGUUAAGUAUAGCCAUAACGAAAGGACGCUCAAAAUCAACGAACUCGGAAUGUCAAAACCCAAGUCCAAAAGAUCGUUCAUUAGGCCCAAGCCAAGUUUUCUAUUCGACGUUCCCGCAAUGGACACGAAAUCAGCAAAGCAAUGCUUACACCGAUUCAGAGAAAGAACCUCCUUCUUCUGUUGCUUGCAUUCUCAGCCAGAGGAGGUUGACAACGUGACCUCGUUGGAGUAUUUGCCUUGUAAUGAAUUUAGGCUAAAGAGCGAGAACUCGGUUAUUGAAGAAAUGGACGAAAUAAAUGGCAACGGGGAAAAUGCUGACCAAUGCACUAGCACAUUAUAAUUUGAAAAAUUAUGAAACAUAAAAAGGAAAUGACUUUUAAUUCCGUUUAUUUAGUCUGUUGGAACAUCGCAA